AUGGACUCUUGGAAAAUACUGUUGGCUGCAGCCCUGGUGGCUUGUGUGCACUCUAUUCCCAUUGCUCAUGAAGUGCAUGAGGUUUAUGCAAAUGGUGAGGAUGAGAACCCCAUUUUGAAUCAAGGCUCAGACGUCAACCUGUUUGAAGGAGACAUCUUCAUUCCUAACGGAAAAAAUGCCCUAAAUGACAACAAAGCCAGAUGGAAGUUUCCAAUCCCGUACAUUUUGGGAGAUGAUUUGGAUCUAAAUGCCAAAGGCUGUGUCCAUCAGGCCUUUGAAAUGUACCGCCUGAAGUCCUGCAUCGACUUCAAACCGUACGAGGGAGAGCGAACCUUCAUCAAGUUUGAGAAGAGAGGAGGGUGCUUUUCCCGCGUGGGCGACCAGCAGACAGGGCAGAUCCUGUCUCUGGGCUCGGGUUGUGACCAUAAGGCAGUGAUAGAACAUGAGUUGCUCCACGCGCUGGGCUUCUACCACGAGCAGUCUCGCACCGACCGGGACGACUACGUGUACAUCUGGUUGGAUCAAGUCACAGACGGCCUGCAGCACAACUUUAACAAAUACAAUGACGACUACAUCACGGACCAGAACACUCCGUAUGACUAUGAAUCCAUAAUGCACUACCGUCCAUUUUCCUUCAACAAGAAUGAUUCCGUUCCCACCAUCACCACCAAGAUCCCAGAGUUCUACAACAUCAUCGGACAAUACCUGGACUUCAGCAAGAUGGACAUGCUCAGGCUGAACCGCAUGUACAACUGCUCUGGCCCGUUGACGCUGCUGGAUCAGUGCUCUUUUGAAUUUGCAAACAUCUGUGGCAUGAUACAAAGCUCAAUCGAUGAUGCCGACUGGAUCCACACACAAAGCACCACUGGACAUGAAGACCACACUCUUCUGGGACAAUGUAGAGAUGCUGGGUACUACAUGCACUUCAAUACACAGACCGGAAAGGCCCAGGAGUCUGCCCUACUUGAGUCUCGGACCUUGUACCCUAAAAGGAGCUUCCAGUGCCUGCAGCUGUUCUACAAGAUGACCGGCAGCCCCCUGGACCGGCUGGUGGUCUGGUUGAAGAUGGAUGAUGGCACAGGCACUGUCAGAAGAAUGAAGAAAGUACACACGUUUACAGGAGUCUCGGACUCCACAUGGAAGAUUGCUCAUGUCCCGCUGGAGGUAGACGUGAAGUUUCGUUAUGCGUUCGAGGGUGUGCGCGGAGCCCCCACCUCCUCAGCAGGGGGCCUCUUCAUCGAUGACAUCAGCCUUUCUGAAACACGCUGUCCAAACGCUGUGUGGACCAUCUCAAACUUCUCCCAGAUUAUGGAAACAGCAAGGCGUGGGGCCACCAUGGACAGUCCUAUCUUUUACAGCCCAGAGGGGUACGCAUUUGGGGUGCGCGUCAUGCCUCUGUCCAGCUACACCGACUACACCGGGAACUACACAGGGCUGUACUUCUUUUUGGCCAGUGGGCAGAAUGAUGUGGCCAUGCAGUGGCCUGUGGUCAGCAGACAGGCCAGAUUAGUGGUGAUGGAUCAAGACCCCGAUAUCAAACUGAGGAUGUCCACGGCCCGCAGUCUGACCACAGACCUCAGGAUUGAAAAUGGAAAGUACCAUUGGGACAAUCCCUCUAAAGUGGGGACCUUUGACGACGCGUGUGGCUGCUACAAAGGGCCGUCCUGGGGCUGGAGGAACUUUGUCAAACAUUUCGACCUCCGCAGACGCAACUACCUGAAGAAUGACAAUCUCAUCAUCUCCAUCGACUUUGAAGAUAUCUCAUCAAUGAUCAAGACAGAGUUUCAUGUUUGUGGGUUCAUCACCAUGAAGACUACAGUUUUCUUCUCUAUUUUUAUCAUUCUCAAGGUGCAUGCUCUCCCAACUAUAUCAGAUGGAAAUGCAGAUGCAGGAGAACUGACAGAUGACAUACCUGAAAUCAACAAAGGGUUAGACCACUUGUCAGAGGGGGAUAUUGCUGGUGAUCGCAGCAGGAAUGCACUUGUGAAUGAAACUAUGAGGUGGAAGUUCCCGAUCCCCUACAUUCUGACAGACACUUUAGAGUUGAACGCCAAGGGAGUGAUCUUGCAGGCGUUUGAAGAGUACAGACUCCGGUCGUGUGUGGACUUCAAACCGUACGAAGGAGAGAGCACCUACAUCUCCUUCACCAAACUGGACGGGUGCUGGUCAUACGUGGGGGACUUUAAAGAAGGCCAGAACGUGUCCAUCGGCGCACGCUGUGACACUAAAGCCAUCGUAGAACAUGAGCUGCUCCACGCACUGGGCUUUUACCACGAGCAGUCCCGCUCCGACCGGGACGACUACGUUAAGAUCUGGUGGGACCAAAUCGAAGAAGGGAUGGAGCAUAACUUUAACAAAUACGAGGACGACUUCAUCACGGAUUUGAACACGGCGUACGAUUACGAGUCCAUCAUGCACUACAGGCCCCUGUCGUUCAACAAGAACGCGUCCAUCCCCACCAUCACCACCACCAUCCCAGAGUUCAACGAGGUCAUUGGGCAGCGGCAGGACUUCAGCGCCAUCGACAUCACCAGACUGAACCGCAUGUACGACUGUGCAAACUCUCAUACUCUGUUGGACCAGUGCUCCUUUGAGCUCAUUAACAUCUGUGGAAUGAUCCAGAACGAAGCAGACAACAGUGACUGGGUCCAGACCUUAAGCUCCCCCACAGAUCCGGACUACACCCUGGGAGGCCGCUGCAGAGAUUCGGGUUACUACAUGAAGUUGUCUGGAGCGGCGGGGGCAAGUGCUCUACUUGAGUCACGGAUCCUUUAUCCCAAACGCUCAGAGCAGUGUCUGCAGUUCUUCUACCGGAUGACAGGUGGCGCUGGAGACUCACUGGUGCUGUGGCUGCGCAAAGAUGAUGGUUCUGGCAACGUCACCAGCCUCAUGAAAGUGCACUCCUUCAUAGGAGAUGCUGACAGUGACUGGAAGAUAGCUCAUGUCCCUCUCAAAGUAAAACAGAAGUUCCGUUACGUCUUCCAGGGUAUUCGCGGAACUACAACUUCAACGGGCGCCAUUUCCAUUGACGACAUAACCCUCACUGAGACCAUGUGUCCGAGUGCCGUAUGGCAAUUCAGGAACUUUAAAAACCUCCUAAACACCACAGCUGUCGGGUACAGCGUGAAGAGCAAGUGCUUCUACAGCCCAGAGGGGUACAGAUUUGGUGUCACCGUUUACCCCAAUGGAAGAGAUAAAAAUUCUAUGGGCAAUGUGGGCGUGACCUUUCACCUCUGCAGUGGGGAGAAUGAUGCAGUGUUGGAGUGGCCAGUUAAAAACAGACAAGUGACAGUGGUCGGCAUGGACCAGGACCCGGAUGUGAAGCUAAGGAUGUCUUCCACACGAAGUUUCACCACAGACGAGAGCCCUCAGUGGAUCCGUCCCACGGCAUCUUCAGGGGCCACAUCGGAUCCCUCCUGCAGCUGUUUCCGGGGGCCCGAUUUUGGAUGGGGCGUCUUCAUAUCCCACAAACAUCUUCUUAGACGCAACUUUCUCAAAAAUGAUGACCUCAUUCUCACAGUGGACUUCAACGACUUGACCCAUCUAAUAAAGACAGAGGUCCCGGUGAGGUCCCGCUCCUCUAGUGAAGUGGCCCCCAUGGAGGAGUCAGUCCAAGUCCGUGGUCCACAGCCCAGAGCGGCUCGUGCUGUCAGUGCCUGUGUCCCGGAGAUGUGUCUAAAUGGAGGAGUUUGUGUGGACACAGAGGACAUCGCCUCCUGCAGAUGCGCCACAACUCAGACCACCUUCUACUCAGGCGACAGGUGCGAGCAGCUGAACCUCCACAGGGGCAUUCUGGGAGCUCUGAUCGGAGGAGCGGUCGGGACCAUCGUCCUCACAGUGGCUGUUUUUACUGUUGUUAGGAGAGCUUAA